AAACAACAAGCAACAGGCAGCCUGAGAACUUCCUGUCAAGUCAGGCAGUCAGGAACAUUGUGCAGCCACUCAAGUUCCACUCAGGCCAUUUCGCAGAUUUCUCACAGAACAUGCAGUUGUGAUUUUCCAUCUCUCUUCCCUGGAGAGCGGUCUUCAAGUCCUUCGUAGUUCCAUCAUCUACUUCAGGGUUUACUGUGGGAUUCCUGAAGUUGACGGACAAACACUCAGACCUACAUAUGAACUGGCUUCUUGUGGAAUUAUUACCGGAUACCUACAGUGAUCAAGACACAACCGGCAUUCUUAUGCACUCUGUGUUAGACAGAUAGCAGAAAGAGUGAAGAUCUCCCUGAAAACCUCAGGGAUCUUCCUACUUUAAGAUCUUUCCUCAAAGGCAUACACCACAGUGAACCUGGAUCUGAAAGGUGGGAACAUUUCAACGUCUUUAUCGUUCUGGUACCGGUUAGUUGGAAGCAAUCAUUUCACUCUGCCUUUUCAAUAACCACUAUCAAGGGGACUGGUAAAAGCAACAACAUCUGAGAAAAGACGGAGAUGAGCCAAGCACAGGAGGUCUACACAGAGCUGAAUAUGAUCAAGGCUGGGAAGGAGCAGUACAGAAGGAGCCUUGAGGACGUCAAGAAGAAGAACAAAUUGCAAGGACAAUCUCUAACCUUUCGCUGGAAGUGCAUCAUUCUGUUUCUGGGGGUCCUUUGCUUCUUAUUCUUGGCAGUGUUGGCUGUGUUGGCCACUUUAAGAGCACAAGCAGCCCCAAGCCAAGGACUCAAACAUUUCUCCCCAGCCACAGGACUUCAGGAAGACUGUUCCUGCAGGACUUGUCCAGAGACCUGGUUUGGAAAUGGAAGAAGCUGUUAUUAUGUGACACAGCAGAAAGCAUCUUGGCAUACGAGCAAAACUAUCUGUGCCUCUUUAAAGGCCUCCCUCCUUCAGAUCAGCAGCAGGGAGGAGCUGGAUUACCUUAAAGCUGUGCCGAUAAUAGGAUGGAUGGGACUCUCCAGGGAAGGACCUGGUGCGCCUUGGAAGUGGCUGAAUAGCUCCGAUGAGCCUUCCAACGUAGUCGAAAUUCACAACCUUCAAGACAAGGGAGACUGCACUGUUUUCAGAUCAAGGGAUAGAAUCUUCUACGAUGACUGCGGGAACAAUUAUCCAUAUAUUUGUGAGGCGUAGCCUGGUCAAUCUGUUUCUGGAAUAUUCAAAGAGCAGAGCUUUCGAAGCUGACGGACGGGAGGAGGAGGGUGAUCCCAUGAAGGGGAGAAGCCAGGUUGACUAGCACAGAGGGAUAUAUAUUUUCUGUAUUUUUCAAUAAAGAGAACGUCUACUGCCAUGUCCCCCCAGAUAGUCAUAUCCACUGAUGGGGGCUAUGUUCAUUAUCUAGGGCAACAGAAAAAACAGCUCUCCCACUCUCUUCCCUACCCUCCUGUAAUCCCAAGAGCAAUAAUAAUAAUAAUAAUAAUAAUAAU